GUCACACUACUGACAAGUCAAUUGGAACAAAAAGAUUUUCUGCCGUGAGAAAAGCUUCCAAAAAGGUUUUAAGUGCCUAAAAAUAGUUAAACUAAUCGGAAAUUGUAUAGAAAGAAACAAGUGCCUCGUAAAAGUGUUACCUUAAAAGUGCGAGGAUGGUGAUAGCAAAAGUUCAAUAAGAAUUUACAAAAAGCCAAUAUUUUUUACUGUUUACGACUAUUAUUUUGCCGGCUGCUGUAGCGACAAUGGACGGCGUUAAGGUUGAGGCGUUCAUCAAGAGCGAAGAAAGCCGAGCGAUGCCCCUGCUGGGUGGCGGCGGUUCAUCCGGAGGCACUUCGAUCGCUGGAGGCGGCGUGGGACUGGGAGCCGGAGCGUCUGCCACGCUGAGCGUGGAGCUGUGCCUGGUGUGCGGAGAUCGCGCCUCUGGGCGGCACUACGGGGCCAUCAGCUGCGAGGGCUGCAAGGGCUUCUUCAAGCGCUCGAUCCGCAAGCAGCUGGGCUACCAAUGCCGCGGGGCCAUGAACUGCGAGGUCACCAAGCACCACCGGAAUCGGUGCCAGUUCUGCCGCCUGCAGAAGUGCCUGGCCAGCGGCAUGCGAAGUGAUUCUGUGCAGCACGAGAGGAAACCGAUUGUGGACAGAAAGGAGGGCCUCAUCGCCGCCGCUAGUGGCUCAUCCACAUCCGGCGGUGGAGGCAGCUCCUCCACCUACCUCUCCGGCAAGUCCGGCUAUCAACAGGGCCGCGGCAAGGGGCACAGUGUCAAGGCCGAGGCCGCGGCCACGCCCCCAGUGCACAGCACGCCAGCAACGCCUUUCAAUUUGAACGAGAAUCUAUUCCCAAUGGGACUGAAUUUUGCAGAGCUAACGCAGACAUUGAUGUUUGCCACCCAACAGCAGCAGCAGCAGCAACAGCAGCAGCAGGGUGGCAGCUACUCUCCAGAUCUUCCAAAGCCAGAUCCCGAGGAUGACGAGGACGACUCAAUGGACAACAGCAGCACGCUGUGCCUGCAGCUGUUGGCCAAUAGCGCCAGCAAUAACAACUCGCAGCAUCUUAAUUUCAAUGCCGGAGAAGCACCCAGCACACUGCCCACCACCUCGACGAUGGGCCUCAUCCAGACCUCGCUGGACAUGCGGGUCAUCCAUAAGGGACUGCAGAUCCUGCAGCCCAUACAAAAUCAGCUGGAGAGGAGUGGCAAUCUAAGUGUGAAGCCUGAAUGCGAUUCAGAGGCGGAGGACAGUGGCACCGAAGAUGCCGCCGAUACCGAACUGGAGCACAUGGACCUGGACUUUGAGUGCGGUGCCAAUCGAAGCGGUGGCGGUGACUUUGUGGUCAAUGAGGCGCUCUUCGAACAGGAUCUUUUGACGGAUGUGCAGUGCGCUUUUCAUGUCCAGCCACCGACCUUGGUUCAUUCGUAUUUGAAUAUUCAUUAUGUGUGUGAAACGGGCUCGAGGAUUAUCUUUCUCACGAUCCACACGCUUCGAAAGGUUCCCGUUUUCGAGCAACUGGACGCCCAUGGCCAAGUGAAGCUCCUGAGGGGAGCCUGGCCAGCUCUGAUGGCUGUAGCUUUGGCUCAAUGCCAGGGACAGCUGUCGGUGCCGACCAUUAUUGGGCAAUUCAUACAGAGCACUCGCCAACUGGCGGAUAUCGAUAAGAUCGAACCGCUGAAGAUCUCCAAGAUGGCCAAUCUCAUCAGGACCCUGCACGACUUUGUCCAGGAGCUCCAGUCGCUGGAGGUCACGGAUCUGGAGUUCGGCCUACUACGGCUUAUCUUACUCUUCAAUCCCUCGCUCUUGCAGCAGCGCAAGGAGCGCCAGCUGCGAGGAUAUGUCCGAAGGGUCCAGCUAUACGCCUUGUCCAGUUUGAGGCGGCAGGGGGGAAUCGGAGGAGGAGAGGAGCGCUUCAAUGUGCUGGUAGCUCGUCUACUUCCACUGAGCAGUCUGGAGGCGGAGGCCAUGGAGGAGCUGUUCUUCGCCAAUUUGGUGGGUCAGAUGCAGAUGGAUGCCCUGAUUCCGUUCAUCCUGAUGACCAGCAAUACCAGUGGACUGUAGGUGGAAAUAAGAACAGGGGGAACCGGGGGCAGGCAACAAUGCUGAGCCGCCCAAAAGCAAGACUGAUGAUGGACCAAGUGCGGGCAAUACACUUAGCAAUUAGGCAAAUCCCGAUAAAAUAUAUAUAUAAUAUUCUUUAGCAGACAAUAUUCUAAAGCAAAACCUUGGGUUUAUUGUUGUUCACAGAUUAAAUGGAAUCGAUUUCCCAAUAAAAGCGAAUAUGUUUUUUUUUUAAUGAGUGUUAAGCGAUCCGUUACUAGUUUUAAGAUUGCGUAUAUUUUGUAUUGCCUUUUAAUUUUAUUACAAAAAUAAUUUUGAUAAGUUGUAAACUAUCCAGAUCAAUAAAUUCUUUCCAUAAAGGAAUUCAUGUAA